AUGUGGGCGGCUAUGAGGUAUGUACUGCCCGCAGUACAACUUCAGGGCUGCGUGUUCCAUUGAAUCUAGGCAUUAUGGUGAAAGGUUGGUUAAGUAAAGUUUACCAUAAAGUUAAUGGACAAUGUUACGAUUAUGAUUUGUAUAACACGUUAUAUGUCUGUUUGUUUCUAUAUAGAUUCAAGAAUUGGGGCUUCAAGUCCUUUAUCAGAGAGACGAAGGGACCUUCAAGUACCUCCGCAAGUUGAUGGCGUUGCCCUUCCUUCCGAGCCAUGAAAUUCCAGCUAUGUUCGAGUCUUUGAAAGAACACGCCACAUCACCAGCCCUCCGCGAGCUUACAAGAUACAUUGAAAAUCAGUGGGUUCAGUCCCUUGCAUUCACGCCCAAAGACUGGGGUGUUUAUGGCAAGCCUACAAGGACUAACAACGACAUUGAAGGUACUUUUAUUUUGAAAAUUGAAUGGUAAAUUAUACAGGACCUUAAAUGUCUAAUGACGGUAUGCAGAAACAUCAUAUGUAUUUCCUUCACGUCUCCUUCGUUUUGUGCUAAUCUUUACAUCCCAGGUUGGGAUCAUGCACCUAAUAGAAGAGCAAUGGGGAGGCAUCUUCCGUUCUACGAACUAAUAGAGCUUUUACAAAGGGAAGCAAAAUCGGUGGCCACACAAAUACGAUAA